UGGUGUAGUUUGGGCGGAAACGGCGCUCGCGGUGAGAGCUGGGAACUUCAGCACAUUCAUAUUGGAAAACAGCGCAGACGGGGAGCCCGUAACACACCAAUUCAACAUCCAAAGACUACCUAGCAUCACUUAAACAUUCUCACACGGUGACGUGGAUGUCGUCUUUCAGCGGGCUUUCUUUCACUGUAUAGGCAUGGCAGAGCUGGCGGGUCUAGUGCAGCGUUUGGAGUUGGCCGUGGGUCGUCUGGAGGCCAUGUCCAGUUCGGGGAGUGGAGGAGGCCCUGCUGCUCCUUCUGGAGUGGUGGCAGUAUAUGUUGAAUCCUAUGACAACUUGAUCUCUGGCCCCGUUGCUCAGUACGCUGCCCUCAGUCAGAAGAUAGGGGGUGAUGUCCUAAAGCACUCUGAGAUGAUGAAGCAGGCAUUCUCCAGUCAAAGACAGCUUCUGGUCAAAGCUUCCUGCUCUCAGAAACCUUCUGAUUCUGUCCUGACCUCUCUGCUAGCCCCUGUAUCUAAAGCGAUCCAGGAUGUGCAAUCGUUCCGAGAGAAGAACCGCUCCUCACCUUUUUUCAAUCACCUCUCUGCUGUCAGUGAGAGUGUUCCCGCCCUCGGCUGGGUUGCCAUGGCCCCAAAGCCAGGCCCUUAUGUGAAGGAGAUGCAGGAUGCUGCCAUGUUCUACACAAACCGUGUGCUCAAGGAUUACAAGGAAAAAGACAAAACCCAUGUGGACUGGGUCCAUGCCUAUGUGUCCAUUUGGACUGAGCUGCAGGCUUACAUCAAGCUGCACCACACCACUGGACUGAGCUGGAGCAAGACUGGUCCAGUUGCUUCAGCCUCUGGAGCUGUCCCCAGUGGAGGAGCACCAGCCCCACCUCCCCCAGGCCCACCUCCACCCCCCAUGGACUUUGACAAGUCAUCAGACGGAGACUCUGGGGCAGUCAGUCGCAAUGCUCUUUUCGCCUCCAUCAACAAGGGAGCUGAUAUUACUAAAGGGCUGAAGCAUGUGUCUGAUGACCAGAAGACCCACAAGAAUCCUGCACUCAAAGCCCAGGGAGGUCCUGUGUCCUCUGGACCCAAACCCUUCACUCCUCGCCCCACAGCAGCUGCCGGCCCGGCCCGCAAUCUGCCCCCAGUGCUGGAGCUGGAUGGCAAGAAAUGGAAAGUGGAAAACCAUGAGGGUGCCCAUGGCCUUUUGAUCAGUGACACAGAACUCAAACAGGUGGUUUAUGCCUUUAAGUGCAACAACAGCACAUUACAGGUGAAAGGAAAGAUCAACUCCAUUAUUUUAGAUAACUGUAAGAAAAUGGGUCUCGUCUUUGAAGAUGUUGUGGGUAUUGUUGAGGUGAUCAACUGUAAAGAUGUAAAGGUCCAGGUUAUGGGUAAAGUGCCAACUAUCUCCAUCAACAAGACAGAUGGCUGCCAUGUUUACCUGAGUAAGGACUCCCUGGCAUGUGAAAUCAUCAGUGCCAAGAGCUCUGAGAUGAACGUUCUGGUGCCCAACAAAGAUGGAGAAUAUACUGAGAUCCCAGUCCCUGAACAAUUUAAAACCAUAUGGGAUGGUAGCAAGCUGGUCACCACAGCAACUGAGAUUGCUGGAUAAAAGAUUAAACUGUGCAAGACCACCUCCAUUACAGUGUCCUAUCGGACUGGCCAAUGAGCUUGAAUGGAAUCCCAACCAGAUCUACACUCCUAUCAUCCAAUCAUAUCUUCCCUCAACUAGUGAAAUUAGUGUUUACUUUACCAAAAGCACUUGCUCAGCCAAUGGCAGGGACCCAUUUUGUUCUAUUCCACCUGAUAAAACCAAGCACUUGAAAAUGAUUGCCAACAGUUUUUUUUUUCUUCAAUCUUACAGCUGUGCUAAGCAAAAUAACAUGUGAAUGGCCAUCUAAAAGUAGCAAAUCAUGUAAUCAGAUCUGUUUAUUGGUUUUUGUUAUUUUGAUGUCUUGUGUUCAUUUUUGUCUUCUACAUUUUCUGAGCGGGGGCAUGUGAAUGGAGGUCACAGCAGUUUCUGUGUGACAUGCAAUUCAGAUCUGAAGCACACAAAUAUGUCUCUUUAGAUGACCACAACUCAGACAUUUACUGUAACUAUUAACUUUUCUAGAGAUAAUUAUUAUUAUGAAGAUUUGUGUCAAAUCUUAAGAGGACUAAAAGCAUUAUUAUAGGAACCCCCUCCUUUUCAGUAAUGUAUUCUAGAGCACAUGGCACAAUCCAUGUUGUAAUAUGAAGAAAUGAACAUUCCAUAGUUCAUGAUGGAAAUAUGUGGAAAGCUUUUUAUUUCUUAGUGUUUUUGGCACAAACUGGAGAAGGAUACAUUUGAAGCAUAAUAAUUUGAUGCUUAUGGUACGGUCCAUGUUGAAUUGAAAGCUGCCUUGUGUGAUUUCUAAUGACCAUCUGCUGUAAUAACUUGUACAGAGACUGGGUUUAUGUGAAUUGUCUCCAUCUCUUGCUCAUCACAUUCAUUAACUAGUUUAUGCUUUAAUUCCAACCUCUAAUCAUUCCAUCUUUUCCUCUUAUAAUAUCCUCUUAUAAUAUUGAGGCCAUGAUUGUGGAAUUUAUUUUGUAUAUUUGUUUUCUUCUCUUAUUUGGCCAAGAAUUUACCAGAUAGUAGUACUAGAGAACAAACAUUAAAAUUGUUGCAAUAAAUAAAAUCACUUU